AUGAUAUAUCAAAAUCCAACUGAGUUACGUAAUGCUAUUCGUUCGUGUCAAUUUACUUCGGCAACAAGUGGUCAAUGUCCAGGUUACAUUCAAGCAAAUAUGGUCAUUUUAUCGAAACGAAUUGCCGAGAAUUUUUUUCAGUUUUGUCAAUUGAAUCCAAGAGCAUGCCCUCUUUUAGAAAUGUUACCAUCGGGUUCGUACACACCCAAAAGAUUAGCUAAUAUCGAUGCAGAUAUUCGAACGGAUUUGCCAAAAUAUCGAAUUUAUCAAAAUGGGAAAUUAAUUGAAGAAGUAACAGACAUAAAACAUCAUUGGAAUGAUGACAUGGUCACUUUUCUACUUGGUUGUUCGUUUUCAUUUGAAAAUGCUUUACAACAAAAUGGAAUUCGAAUUAAAAAUGUUGAUCAAAACAAAAAUGUUGCUAUGUAUAGAUGUUCAAAAAUAAAAUGUGAUGGACCUUUUGAAAAUGUUUCAUUGGUUGUAUCAAUGAGACCAAUUCAAAAUGAUCAAGUCAAUCUAGCAAAACAAAUAACCGGCGAGAAGAUAUUUAAAAAAACACAUGGUGAUCCAUUGUAUUGUGGUUACGAUUAUACGGAAAAGUUGGGAGUUAAUCACGAUUUAAAUGAAGUUGAUUUUGGUGAUUCAAUAGAAAUUAAUCGUGAAACAGAAACACCAUGUUUUUGGUAUUGUGGUGUAACAGGAAUCAUGGCUGCUAUCGAAGCUAGUAAAAUAGACGAAGGAAUGUGUAUAACACAUUCUCCAGGACAUAUGUUUGUCAGCGAUGUUAAAGAUGAUGAAGAAAUUUCAGAAUAA